AUGGAAUCGUUAAACUCGAUUCGGAAUAAUACAUUGCAACUAAAAAAUCGAUUCAGGCACAUUACGUGUGUCAGUGUGCAAAUUUACAAGCUUGAAGGAAACAACUGGCGUGAAAUGACCAAAGAUUUUGUCCUGCUGCAUAUGUAUUAUGACGAGGAAGAUCGCGAAACGAAAUUGGUCGCUAUUGAUGGCAUUAAGGCAUCACUGAUUGUAAGAGGAUUCGUGCUUUCUUCUAAUCUUCAAUUGGUAAGACCAACAAAAAAGUUUGUGCACUUUAUUAGCUCCAAGCAGGGGAAAUCCGAGAUGUAUGGUUUUGGUUUCUACAGAGUCCUCGAGGUCGAGCAGUUCUUGCGACUGUUUAGCGUUGUGCAUAAAAGAUUGCAUUUAUCAACGGGAAGCAUAACUCAAAGUGGAUCUGAAUACAACAAAAGAGAUCUAUCGAUUUCAUCUACAAAAUCACAACCGGCAUAUCCGAUAUCUCCAUCUACACCAAGCAUACCAGUGAAAGUUUCAGCUCCUAAUAAAGAUACGCAAACUGUUCCACCUUCCUCUUUGAUUGAUUCACCUUGGCGGGAGCCGUUAUCGCAGGAAGAUGUUGAUGUGCAGCAUGUUAAAGAAGGACUGCAAGGACUAUCUUUUGCUUCAGAUCCUUCUGUUACAGCUCCGAGUUUUAAUUUGGUACCUUCUUUAUCGAAGACUUCUGUGGACGCAAGAAGUGAUUCCCAUUGCGGUGACUCUGUUGCUCUCGAAUCCAACUCGGACGCUACUCCACAUGUUGGAUACAAACAAUAUCAGCUUUGGAGUACACCACCAUGGAAUGCUUUGCUAGAACAGCCGAUUUACAGCAAUGAAGCAGCCAUUGCUUAUACGUGGAAUUCACUUUUGAACAAUUGA